GUUGCAUGAUAAGUGUUGGUUGCUUUGUGUUACUAACCUUUUGCAUUUGGCAUGGGAGUACUAGGUGAGUCCCUUCCUGCUGUGUUAUUGGAGUAUCAUGCCCCUUGCACACACUCACUCUCAUUUUGCAUUAGGUCUGUGUCGGAGGUGAACCCGACCUCUAAGUCUGGAAUCCUUAUGAAUCUGGCUUGGAAGAGCAAUUCUUCCCGCUUUGAGGAGUAAGAUUGGUUCCCGUACAUUCCAUGCACUUUGUAUCUUCACUUUCAACCCCAUGCAUAAAAAAAAAAAAAAAAAGAAAGAAAAGAAGUUUAUGAUGGUUUCACAUGUCAUAUAUCCAUCUCAUUCAUUUCACAUUAAAUCUUCCAUAUGUCUUGAAAAUUUCACGUAUGUCCAUUGUAUUGCAUUUUCCAUCUCAUGCAUCAUAAAAUAUGUUUACAUGUUCAUCUUGUGGGGCAUUCUUCAUCAUACUCCUUUUAAAUCCCAUUUUUCAUCUCAUAUUUCACAAAAAUUUACAAAAAAAUGAAAUUCCACUCAUGUU